AUGAAUGUCCUGACUGAUGCCCUCAAGAGCAUCAACGAUGCCAAAAAGAGAGGCAAAUGCCACGUUCUUAUUAGGCCGUGCUCCAAAGUCAUCGUCUGGUUUCUAAUUGUGAUGACGAAGCAUGUUUACAUGGGCGAAUUUGAAAUCAUUGAUGACCACAGAGCUGCAAGAAUUGUGAACCUCACUGGCAGAUUAAACAAAUGUGGAGUGAUCAGCCCCGUAUUUGAUGUGCAACUUAAAGAUCUAGAGAAAUGGCGGAAUAAUCUGUUCCCAUCCUGUCAGUUUGGUUUCAUUGCACUGACAUCCUCAGCUGGCAUCAUGGACCAUGAAGAAGCAAGGCAGAAACAUACAGGAGGGAAAACCCUGGACUUCUUUGUCUAG